GUUAUAUCUUUCUGAUCCAUAUUACGUUCUUGGUCCACCAUCUGAUCGAGUUAAUCCCAUCAUUGGUGCUUCCAUUGAGAGAAACUGUGAGAUAAGCUGUGAGAUUAUGGCCGGACGAAGGACGAGACGUAACACCGCGCGCUGCUUCUGCCCAGUCGACAGUGAGGAGUGACAACCCUGAACAGGGUAUGAUCGUUCCUGUCAAUGGGUUGGAAACGGCGUUGAAUAAUGUGGCUAACAUGAUGGCCAACAUUAUGGAGCAAUUAGAUAAGGCUCUCCCUGGUCCAUCCGGUACCUGGGACGUCCCUGCCGGGCAGCCCCGCCAGGUCCUGCGUACUGCGAGUUCUCCCAUCCUCCAGGAGCUUCAUGAUCCGGAGGAGGUCGAGAGGGAGAGACAGGCUGUCUCUAGACGCCGGGCGGAGGAGUUGGCCCAGAAUAGUAAGGUGAAUGAAAAUUGGGCCAGGGCUGCGAGCCAAGUUGUUGGCCAUGGAAACGAAAACCCGCGGGGGACUGUCUUUGAAAGGAUAUCUCGCCAGAAAGCUCACGUUAGUGAGAGGCUGGGGAAGAAUCCGGACAAAGCACCCCAGGGUUGGAUACGACCCCAGGCCAGCCAGGUGGCAUCUUCUAACCGCGAGCCCCGGCACCGAAUCGCCCGCGGUGGGAGCCAAGCGCCGGUGCGGUCAUUGGUGGUUCUAGACGAGGAUGAAGUUCAGAGCCAAGUCAGGGUCCCAGCACCACAGCGUCUGGGGCCACCGGGAUUCAAGAUGCCAUUCGUUAAGCGUUAUGAUGGGGAGUCAGAUCCCCAAGAACACAUAAACAGCUACGUCCAGGUGAUAAUUGCUGUCGAUGCCAGCGACGCACUGAUGUGCCGAUGCUUCCUGCAGACAGUUGAUAGCAAGGUCGCGGAUUGGGUGAACCACAUUCCUGCCGGAUCGAUCCGGACAUGGGAUGAAUUGGGGUUGCGGUUCUUAGAGCAUUUUGCAGGGAACUGUCGUCCCAAGAAGCAUUUCACUCACCUAGCUUCAGUGCGGCAAAAGCACGGAGAAUCCUUGAAGAAUUUCCUAAUACGAUGGAGCAAAGAGUCCAAGGAAGUUGAAGGAACCGACGACAAAUCCAGGUUAGCCAUGUUCACGGCGGCAUUGCAGGACGGUCUCCUUCAUACUGAUCUCACAACUCAUCCCCCGGAUACCUUCGAAGAAGCAAUGGUCCGGGCCGGAAGGUAUGUGACCCUGGAGGAGAGGAAGGAGGAGAAGAAAGAGAAGACUCCCAAAGAAGAAGAAAAGGCAGGAAAUAAGAAGCCGUUCAAGAACAAGAAGCAGGGCUUCCCAGAGGGCCCUAAGAGCACAAACCCUGGGACCCCGGAGAAGCACAAAUCUGCCAAUCCUGUCUUCACGUUGCCGGUGGCUGAGGUCAUUGCCCAUGCUGCACAGCAGGGACUCAUGACUUAUCCAACCUAUUCUCAGAAGGUCUGCAAUGUGGAGGACACUGGAAAAUGGUGUGCCUACCAUCGCAAGAAUGAUCACAACACAGAGGAUUUCUAUACUCUGAAGAAUGAGAUGGCGAGGCUAAUCCGCUGGGGCCAUCUGAAGAAGUUCGUACAAGAUGGUGACGCGGGAAAUCCCGGGAAUGCUCAGAAUGGGAAGCGUAGAGAUAAGGAGGUGGCCCAAGCUGAGGCCCGAGAAAAACGCCACAUCGGGCUUGAAGAUGAAGAGGAGGAUUCAGAACCUGCACCGCACCGCCAGAAGAGACACCACGGGUGUAACUUUGUCAUCGGAGGGAAUACUGGUGUAGAUUCAGGCACGAGCCGGAAGAAGUGGGCCAACACGGCAGUGGUCAACAAGGUGCUGGUCCUAGAAGGUAAGAAGCUGAAAACUGAGCCAAUUGUAUUUUCCAAUGCUGAUUUGCCAGAAACAGGGGUCCCCCAUAUGGACGUCCUGGUGAUUACAAUUGAUAUAAUGGACUUGUUGAUCCACAAGACUUUGGUGGAUACGGGAAGUUCUGUUAAUAUCAUGUAUAUGGAUACUUACAAGGCUCUUGGACUAACUAGAGAUGAGUUAUCACCCAUUAAGACUCCGCUAACCGGGUUUACUGGUGACUCUAUUGAACCGGAGGGGGUAAUCACUCUCCCGGUCGAGAUAGGGGAUACUAAGGCCACCCAGAAGUUGGACAUGGAAUUUGUUGUGGUGGGGAUAAUCUCCAAUACAAACAUCAUCCUGGGCCGACCCGGAUGGGAAGAUCUAGAGUGUGUCAUUUCACCUAGUCACCUAUGCAUAAAAUUCCUGACCCCCCAUGGAGUUGGAAUCGCCAGGGGAUCCCAGAGAGUGUCCCGGGCGUGGUAUUUGAAGGCAACCAAACAGCCUAUCAAGUAUGACACCCAAGUGGGAGAGGUGACUGCACAGCUCUUAAGGGCCGAGGAAAGACGUCCUAGAGUAGAAGUUGUCGCCGACAUUGAGGAAGUUGAACUUGAGCCGGGCAUGCUGGGGAGGUUAGUCAGGAUUGGAAAGGGCCUGGGGGCUGGGCUCAGAUCACGAGUGAUCUCAGUCCUUAGAAGGUUCAGGAAGGUCUUUGCAUGGAGUCCAGCUGAUAUGCCAGGGCUGGAUCACAAGCCGCGCCCAUCAAUCAAGGGGCGGGCACUUGCUGACUUCCAAGUUGAGUGUACUGCCAGGGAGAUGACAAGAGCACAGGCCGAAACCCGGGUGGAAGACGACUGGUGGGUAAUGAGCAUCGAUGGAUCUUCUGGGUCUCGAUCCUGUGGAGCCGGCCCUGAUCAACGGAGUGAAGAUUCUUGGCAAGUUGGGGGUGUCCAGGGUUCAAGUAUACAACGACUCCCGAUUGGUGGUGGGACAAAUCACUGGGAGUUCGAAGCAAAGGAAGAGAGGAUGAAGAGGUAUCGAGACUUGUCCUUGGAAAUGUUGGGAAGGUUCGAGUUUAAGCUUGAACAAAUACUCCGGGCUCAAAACGCGGAAGCUGAUGUUCUAUCCAAGCUCAGUGCAGAAUCACCAGAGUACAUAAGCAAAUUAGCAACUGUCGAGGAGCUGGCAACCCCAAGUCUCAACAGAGAUGAAGUGUUCUGGGUAACAGCUGAUCCCCCGGAAUGUUUGGACAGGUUGGCAAGAUACAUUGAGGACAGUGUAGCCCCGGAAGAUCCCCAAGAAGCCCGUUUGCUGCGAAUGAGGGCACCCACCUACAAGGUGCAGGAUGGAGUCCUUUAUAAAACGGUCUUACAACGGCGUUCUGCUCCGCUGUCUCAGGGCAGCAGAGGCAAAGGCGCUUAUGGAAGAGAUACACGAAGGAGUAUGUGCUGCACAUCAGGGCCCAUACUCUAUCUCGAGAAGGGCAAUAAUCUAGGGAUAUUUCUGGCCAACAAUGAGGAAGGAUUGCGAGGAGUAUGUGCGCAAGUGCCCAACUUGUCAACAAUUCCAGAAUAUACCUGGGAGGCCAGCCACAAACUACACGCCUAUUAGCUCUGUGAUUCCCUUCUCAAAGUGGGGGAUUGAUAUCGUGGGUGGCCUGCCAAAAGGGGUUGGACAGGCGAGAUGGAUUGUGGUGGCCAUAGACUAUUUCACCAAGUGGGUGGAGGCUGAGCCACUUGCUGGGAUAACUAGGAGGCAGAUGAUCGACUUCGUAGGAACCAAUAUACUUUGUAGGUUUGG